CGGCCCGCGGCCAUCUGCCGCCCCAGCGUCCCGGGGACCCCGCUCUGCUGCCACGCCACGUGACUCUGCCGCCCCCUGCGGUCGCAGGCCCGUGCCUCUCCUCUCUCGCGUGUCUGGACUCUCAGAGCUUGAAGACUCAGGCCCUACGGAGCUAGCUGGCCAGCGCUCAUCCGCGCAGCCAUGGAGGCCCUGGGUCCUGGGGGCGACCGCGUCUCCCCCGCCUCAUCCACGCGCAGCCUGGACCUGCGGCGGCUGUCGGUGCGCGCCGACUCGGCCUACAGCUCCUUCUCCGCAGCCUCGGGCGGCGCCGAGCCGCGCACGCCGUCCCCGGAGCCCGACCUUCCCUACCUAGACUGGGACUACGUGCGCGUGGUGUGGGGCGGCCCGGCCCCCACCUCGGCCGCCGCCGCCCUGCGCGCCUCCCCGCAGCCCCGGCCCGCGGCCGCCGCGCGCAACGGGCCGCGCGCCCCGCAGGUCCAGGGGGCGCCGGGGCCGCUCAGCAGGCAGGCCACCCCGCUGCUGUACGCGCUGGCGGCCGAGGCGGAGGCCGCAGCGCGGGCCGCCGAACCGCCCAGCCCGCCGGCCUCGAGGGCCGCCUACCGACAGCGGCUGCAAGGCGCUCAGCGGCGAGUCCUCCGGGAGACGUCCUUCCAGCGCAAGGAGCUCCGCAUGAGUCUGCCCGCCCGCCUGCGGCCCGCGACCCCCGGGCGGCCCCCGGCGGCGCACCCGCGCUCCGCCUCGCUCGGCCACCCGGGCGGGGAAGGGGAGCCGGCGCGCUCAGCGGCUCCCGCGCCUGGAACAGCCGGCCCGGGCCGCCUCGCCAACCAGCCGCAGCAGUGGUGCUUCUCGGAGCCAGGGAAGCUGGAUGGCCUGGGUCGGGGCGUCGGGAUGGCGGGGGAAUGCUCGGCUGGGGCCUGCUCCGGCUUUGGCUUCGCCAGGCCCGAGACCCAGGAAUUGCAGCAUCAGGCGGUGGCGGCGUUGGAAGGUCACCAGAUCAGAUGGCUGAGAGGCACAGAGGACCGCGAACCCCCGUCCUUGAAGCUCCACGACGAUGUCUACAGGCCUGCUCGGAGUCAGAGCGCGGCAGGGGAAGCUUUGGGUGCCUGGGGAGGCCCAGGAGGGGCCGUGCCCAUCCUCCAGGCUGUUCCUCAAGGAGCAGAACCCAGACCCUUGUUUCAGACCACACAUACCAGGUUCCUGACUCAGAAGGAAGCUGCAGUGGUGUGUCCUGCAGAGGGUCCCCAGAGCAGGCCCAUUGACUGUGAGCUCAGAGUCCCAGAGACCCACAUUGUGUGUGCCCGGCUCCCUUCCCUUCCUGAUGAUGAUGUCUUCCUGGAAGAAGUCCCGCUGGUCAGAAUGAGAGCACCUCCAGACUCCCAUGCCCCGCCGUGGCUCCCAGCCAGUGUCCAUGCUUCUGACCCACAACAUGGAGCUGGCUUGGGCCCAAGGCCUGGCAGGGCUACAGUGUCCCCAGAGCACCCCCUACUUGAGUGCCUAGAGACGGCAGGGACAGGUGACUGCUGGCCCACAUGCUGUGGUUCCCCUGGGACUGCAAAUGGUGAGGUCCCAACCCACAACUGCACUGGACUGCUGACGACAGACUUCCCUGCAGCUGUAGAGCGUGACUCCCUCAAACCUCUCCCAGUCGGUGCCCUGGGACCUCCAGGCAGUGACACCCAAGGGCCUCCCGAUGACACUGCCUGGGCUUGGGGCCCUGUCCAGCCUGAUUCUAAGCCGACAUGGCCAAAUCCACGCCUGGAGCAGCUGGUUCAGGAGCUUGCCAGACUGGAUCCCUCUCUGAGUGACACUCUCACAUCCCAUCCCAGCCCAGAGCCACCUCUGGAUCUGCUGGAUGGGCUGAUUCCUUUAGCUGAGGUCUGGGCUGCCAUGAGACCAGCCGGUGGCAAGGCUGGAGAGGAGGCUGCUGGUAUUUCUGAGCCAGGUUCCACCCAGGUCCUGCCAACUUCUCCGGAGGAAGCAAGGCCUGAAAACCUUACCCCUCCCCCUGUGUCUGACCAGCCAUGCGGCCAGGGUCUGCCUGAGCCAAACAGCAGCAUCCAAGCUAAGAAAGUGGAGCUCGCGGACCUCCUGCAAAAGAUGCUGCGGAGCCUUCAAGCGGAGCAGGAGCAGCUGCAGGGGGCAGCCCGGACCUGGGCCAGGCGUGGGGCUGCGCUGGAGGCCGCGGUAGGCCAGGCCUGUGCACCCCGCGAGCUAGAGCGGUUCAGCCGGUUCAUGGCCGACCUAGAGCGUGUGCUUGGCCUCCUGCUGCUACUGGGCAGUCGCCUGGCUCGCGUGCGCCGUGCCCUGGCUCGAACGGGAGCACACGGUGACCCCGAGGAGCAGGCCUCUCUGCUGCAGCGACUCGGGCUCCUGCAGCGGCAGCAGGAGGACGCCAGGGAGCUGAAGGAGCACGUGGCGCGGCGCGAGCGGGCCCUCCGGGAAGUGUUGGUGCGGGCGCUGCCCGCCCGGGAGCUGCGCGCCUACUGCGCCCUCCUGGCCGGCAAGGCCGCCGUCUUGGCCCAGCAGCGCAGCUUGGACGAGCGGGUCCGGCUCCUUCAGGACCAACUGGAGGCCGUCAGGAGCGGCCUAGGGCACCAACCCCCAUCUCCCAGGCUGGCCUCUUCCCCCGGGAACCGUCCUCCGGAUAAGCCUCCCUUCUCCCCUCUGCUUAUUUAGUUGUCAGCGGUGGCGGCGGGGAGCUUGGCCCCUGCCUUUCACUCCCGAGGCCGGGGGUGACGCUGGUUUAUUCGGUGCUUUUCCCGUGGGGUGGGGGUGACCCAGCCAGGCCCUCCCAGGAUACUUCAGAGUAUUGUCAUGUGGCCUCACCCAAGCCGUGUGAUUAUGUGGUAAUUAACUUAUGGAUUUUACAAACUGCAGUAUUCCCCCUUUCUGUGAUGAGAGAUGGGCUUGGUCAGGGUUGGGUGGAGGGCGAGGAGACAAGUCAGAGUCUCAACUUACGAUGCAAAACAGCCCUUUUCUCCUC